AUGUCUCACUCUACAUCUUACUUCUCUGUACAACAGUACAAAGAUCAUAACGCAUCUGGAGACACGGUGCUGCAGACGGUGUUAAACGAUGGCGGGUUCGCCUUCUCGGAUCGGACAACAGAAGUCUCUACAGAGAAGCCCGAGGGUCAAGCCAUCCGGGCUGAGGUCGCCAAUAACAAGGCGACAUCCGAAAACAUACCUAAGGACGCUGCUGCGGACGAGGCUGAGGAGGCAUCUAAGAAGGAGUACAAGAUUGAUGCUGCAGGAGACUACAUGUCAGAUGGCACAGACGAGUCCAAGGAAAACUCCAAGGACGGAGGCACGCCGGAGUCCAGCCAAGAGCCUAAGAAAGAGUCCAAGGAUGAAGUCAAACGGGAUGACGCCGACGAUGAGCCUGAAGACAAACCUGCCCCUUCCCCUUCCCCUGCUCCCAAACCACCAGCGCAGAAGUCUUGCGACUCGGACGGCGAUUCGUCUGACUCGCCCAUCGAAGACUGGGAAGAGUUGUAUAGUGACGAUGACAUGGUCAGGAAGCCACGCCUCACUCCUGCAGGACCGCCCAAAAGACAUGACGAGCGUUACGAAUCUGAGGAGGAGGAUCUGCCUGAUCCCUGGAACGCCAUCUCCAUUGUUGGAGUGCGCGUCUACUCUAUGGACGAGGAUCUUGAAGUCCAUGUCUUUAUGGAAGGUGACGAGCUUCUCGAGGAUGGCAUGGGCUAGAAAGGAGAGGAUGGCAUGGGCAAGAAAGGAGAGGUCGAUAUUGACAAUGCCCAGG